AUGGCUCAUCUUCCGUACUGCAGCUACCCAGGCUUCGGCGAGACCAAGCGCGAGGAGCAGUGGUACAACCAAGCAGUCCACGUUGGCGACUACAUUGAAAUAGCUAGCCAAGGUGGUUGGGACCCAGAGACUAGCAAGAUCCCCAUCGAUCUCAAUGAAGAAAUAGACCAAGCUUUUGCCAAAGUCGACUACACCCUGAAGCAUGCUGGAGGAAAUGGCUGGUCUCCAGUUUACAAGAUAAUACUUUACCUCACUGCUGUUGGCGAGCUGUCGGUGGUGGCUGUCAUUCGGAACCUGAAGAUGUGGCUGCCUGAUCACCGCCCCAUUUUGACAUGCAUCGCUGUGAACCAGCUUGGCCUUCCGGGAUGCGAGUGA